AUGAGCCUCGUCGCCAUCUUCGACCCCGCCCUCCCCGAGUCGGACGAGUGGAUGGCCCUCGUCCGCAAGCUGGCUGCCAUGCAUGCCGCCGCGUAUUCAACUGCGCUGCCGCCUGGUCUGUCGGAUGCCGGGGAGACGGCCCUUGUGCUCCGUUCUGCUGCUAGUAUCGGGCUGGUUCCCGUGGUGGAGGCCAUUAUGCACCAUCCAAAGAUCAGCUCCGACACGCUGGCUCUCUCUAAUUGUCUCGCAUGGGCUGCCGAAAAAGGCCACAUCGACAUUGUUCGCCUUCUCCUCGCCGACGAUCGUGUCGAUCCGUCCGCCAAAGCCAACUAUGCCAUCACCAGGGCCUCGCACUACGGCCACGUCGACACUGUCCGCCUCCUCCUCACCGACAAUCGUGUCGAUCCGUCCGCCAAAGACAACUGUGCCAUCCGCUUGGCUUCGUUUACGGCCACGCCGACGUUGUCCGCCUCCUCCUCGCUGACGAUCGUGUUGAUCCCCCCACCAAAGAAGCAAACCUCGCUUGUCUCCUUCUUUGCCCGCGCCCCGCCAUGCUCGACCCCGUCGACCGCCAAGCGCAAGCGGCGCACCGAGUCGUUCCCCACCGCCGCCCCGCCGCCUGUACCUGACGAGACCGCCUCCUCGCCUCCACCCGAGAAGCGCGCUCGUCCGCUGGAUGCUCCUGUUGUCGAGAUAUCGUCGUCUCCUGUCGCGGUGGCGACGCCGGCUCCCGGUCCUCCUCCUGCCCCUGCCGACGCUAUCGACCUUGAUGCUACCAUCGAUCUUGACGCUGUUGUCCCGACCUCGGCUCUACCGCCACACGACGGCAAGGAGCCCGCCAUCGAAGGUGAUGAGCCGCAGCCUAAGCUCGCGCCGCAGUGGGAUCUCUCGCAGCCCUGCGAGGCUGUCCUCAUGCCGCACUCGGUCUCGAACACGCGCGCGAGCGCCAGUGGGCCGGCGGCGACGCAAUGGUCUGUCAUGUGCCGCGCGCUCGCUCCCGCCAACCUCCCGGUCACGCCUCACGGCUUUGUGGCACUGUUGUCCGAGCUGCGCGGCGUAGACGACAUCGACGCCUCGGCCUGGCUCUGGUUCUGGGACGAGAGCGCGAGCAAGGACGAGGCGCAUCGGUUCUUUGUCGAUACUCUUCCGCGGAUGGCUGCGCUUGCGCUGAGCUUGCCAGCUCUGUUCCCGGAUCCCGUGCCACUGCUCCGCCGUGGCGAGCCGGGCGCGGUGACGCUGACCCAGGCACAGCUGGCGUGUGCGAUGGCUGUUGCGGCCUUUGGCUGCUGGCCGUACCGCAACGCACGGCGUGGCUCGUCGGCCCGCGACCUUGCCGCCUUUCCGUCGUUCACCUUUAUGCACCUCUACGCCGCCGUCCGCAAGCCGAGCGUCGCUGGCAAGUUCCGCUGCCUCAUCCACUACUUUGAGGAGGCGUGCGCGGCGUACUCGCCCGACGCGCCAGGCGCCAACGUCACCUUUGCCCGCCUUGUUGCCCAUCGCGAAACCGACUGGGACGACGAUGAGACGUUGCUGGAAGCGGUGACCAUCGACGCCGAUGCGCUCAUCGAGGACGUGGCCAGCGCUGACGCCGGAUGGGACUUUGUCGAAGUCGACUUUGCCAACCGCUUUGUCGGCGGUGGCGUCCUUGGCAACGGCUGCAUCCAGGAGGAGGUGCGCUUUCUUAUUGCGCCCGAGCUCAUUGUCUCGCGACUGCUUGCCGAGGCGCUCGACGAUGACGAGGCGCUGCUCAUAGUCGGGGCGCAGCGGUACUCGGCACACGCCGGCUACGGCGCGUCCUUUACCUUUGCCGGCGGCUACAACGACCCUGCGCCGCUCGCUGCAAACGGCCAUCGGACGACCGCAGUUUUCUCGGACGCCGCCAUCGCGCGCGAGCUGCGCAAGGCUUCCGCGGGGUUUGCACCCCAUCCCGCGCUCGACGCGAGCCGCCCGCGCGCGGUCGUCACCGGCAACUGGGGCUGCGGCGCCUUUGGCGGCGACCCCGAGCUCAAGUUUGUGCUCCAGUGGCUCGCCGCCUCCACCAGCGGCCGCUCGAUGGUCUACUGCACCUUUGGCGAUCCCGCCUUUGCUGCCGCCGCUGCCGCCAUGGUCGACACCGUCCGCGCCGCCGCCACCACCGUCGCCGGCCUCUACUCGCUCAUCCGCGAGUUUGCCGAGGUCGUCAGCCCGCCGCUCUCUCCCGCCGGCACCAGCAAGCCGCGCAAAAAGGUGCCAUCGCUUUUCAAGUUCCUCCACUUUGCGCUCCGCCCGCCGUCGCCUUAG